UGUAUAAAAGGCCGCCGGCUCGGACAUGGAGCAUAAGCUUUCUUACUUUCGAGUAGCAAACAAGCAACCCACAACCCACUCUCAACAUGUUCAAGUUGGCUGUCCUCGCUGCCCUUUUGGCUGUCGCUGUUGCCGCUCCUGGUGGUCUCACCGGAAUCGUCGCCGACCAUGGAGUUGGCCCGAUCACGGCUCCCCUGCUCGUCGGACACGCUGCGCCCUUGGUCUCUGCCCAUGUGAUUGCCCAGCCCGUCUCCCCCAUUGUCCGCACCGCACCGAUCGUCACCAAGUCCGUCCUGACCGCCGCUCCCCUGCCCCUUCUCUCCGUUCACGGCCAUUAAAUGACAGUCGAUUCUACGUUACAACCAACAACUCACGACGAGACAACCCCCUAGAAAAAGUACCCCCCUUACUCCUCGUAAAUCGUCCCCUCGAAACCAUCCAAGAACAAGGGAAGGACUGUCGCCAGAAGACACAAGCUAAAAGUACCAAGAAGAUCACAUGGAACCACCACUUCACCCUGCCAAUCUAUCCAUCAAGAUGACGCCCGGACAACCGGUCACGGGCCACCAGGAAUCGGCUGGUCCCACUCCUUUUUGUGCAUUCGCAACUUUUUGAUCAUCAAUGUAAUUCGGACGUUCAUUCAUUUGCACCAUCAUCCAGGACCCCUCCCUUUCGGUCAUAUGGAAUUUUAAUAAAAUUUUAUUUAAAAAAAAG